UAACAGUAUGCCUAACCGUACCCGUACGAAGACCAAAAAGCUAUUUUUUGUUUUCAGAAUUUUUUACGGCCAUUUUGACUUUGUUCCUGUGGUAACUAGGGAUAUUGCUCAAAUAUAAUGAACCUUCAAGGAGUUCACGCAUGCUCAGCUGUUCACGUAGGGUGCGUUCGUAUAUUCCGUCUGGCUAUUUAUUCCUUUUUUAGAGUAACUGAUGACUUUACGAACGCUCAACACCCGUAGAAUAUGGCCGGUGUCAGUAAACGUCGGCAAAAAAACGUAAUUAAAUGGUUGCCAGCAGUACAGUUACAGACACCAACGCUCUGGAUAACAUGGAAACAGCCUAACCACCUCUGCUAGGGCGAGUAAAGUAAAAUGGUCAGAGUGAAGUGUUCUCUAAUUUGUGUCUGGGAGUGGCUAGCUUGGGUGCUUGACUGCUGUUGUGUGGUCAGAACGCUCGAAUCAACUCCAGCCAGAGCGUCUAGUGUACGCUCAGAGUACGAAACGCUCUGAAUUUACGAAAGGACAAUCUGACAACGCUCUGAAUUUACGAACGCCCAGAGCGCACUCUGAGUGCACUCCAGAUUGAAUUUACGAACACACCCGUAGCUAGCUACUAGUGGAGUAGACAGACAGCUGACCAUGCAUCCACAAAACUGAACAUAAACUCGAGAGAGAAUUAUCCAGUCAAACCCAAACUAAUGCAAUGAUAUAGCUAUACGAUCGUAUAAUUUAAACGUGAUGUUUACAUGCUAAGUUACACACGAUUUCAUUUCAAUUUCACAGCACGACGCUAGCCUAAACGUCACAUCCGGUCCCAACCGCCUGGCCUGGACUAAAAAGAACGCAAUUCUUGUUCCUGAGACGUUAGUCAAAAUAACUUUUUAUACAUUAUAUUAUAUUCACUGCACCAUUCCGACAACUGAUAGCAGUGAUACGAAUGUCAGCAUCCUGCAAAGUUGCAUUACACUGAAUCCAGUGUCCCUUGCAAGCCGCAAUCUAUUGUCAAGGGUGAGAAAUGCAUACGAAGGUGAGUAGCAACCAUGCCCAACGGGUUUUGUCCUUUCUGAAUGAGCAGAGGAGUCUCAGCUCCUUCUGUGAUGCCAAGCUGACUGUAGGAGGAGGUGGGAGGGUGUACAAUGCCCAUCGCAAUAUCCUGGCCUGUUUCAGUGGGCGGUUCCAGGAGUCCGAGCCAACCACCACCAUGGUUAAGGAGGUCUCCCUCCCAGAGGAGUUCCCCACUGAUGGCCUGGAACUGCUUCUAGACUUUUUCUAUACAGGGGAGUUAAACAUUGACUCUCUGAAUCUGGAGAAUGUGCGACAGGCUGCAGACAGCUUAUGUGUACCAGAUGCGCUCGCACUUUGUCAGCAGUUUGCCACAGAAGGGACAGUUUCUCCAGAAGGACUGCAGUCUGCAUGUCUUCUGAGACAUCAUUUUCAGCCAAUCUCAGCUGUAACUUAUGUGGAAACCAAGGUCACCCUAAAAAGAGGGAGGCCCCCUAAAAAAAGAGGGAGGCCCAAAAAAUCCCAAACCCCUAGUAGCGGCUCAAGUAAGAAGGAUCGUCUGGAAGCUACCGCCACCACAACUGCCAUCACAACUCGCUCUGGGAGUAGGGUGAAGGCCUCCAGAUGCCCGCUUGGAGAGGGCCCCGGUGUGCGUCUCCUGCUCCAUGGGGAGACCACUAGCAGGGGGACUCCACCACUAGUUAUUAGCCUAAAGGAUAGGAGUGAUGGGGCUGAGGGACAAAGCCUCCCUCAGCCUACAGAUACAACAGAGGUAACAGAUGUGUUCGGCAGCCUUGUACCAGAUUUGAGCUACAAAGCUAAUUCUCAUCUGCAGCCUCUUGAUGAAGAAGACUAUGAUGAUGAUGAUGGCGGUGGUGGUGGUGGUGAUUUGGUAGAGGGGGUAGCUGAGGACACUGAUGAAGAGUAUGUGCCCCAUGCCCUGCCGUCUACCUCCUCCAGCCCCAAAGGCAGACGUAAAGGACCAACCAAAGCUGUCAAUAAAGAGAACGGUGAACGGGCAGCCAAGGGGUCUACAAAGGGCUCUGUUCAGUGCCCCACCUGCAAUAAGACCUUCCUCAGCAAGUAUUACCUCAAAGUACACAACAGGUGUCAUACAGGUGAGAAGCCCUUUCCAUGCUCUAAGUGUGGGAGAAGGUACUACAGGAAGGAGAAUCUGAUGGACCACCAGGCCAGAAACUGCAACUGUGGUGAAAAAAUAAAAGCAGUACACAACUGCCUUCAAUGCCACAUGUCAUUUGACAGAUUGGGGGAUCUACGUCUGCACACGGUCUUCCAUACAGGGGAAAUGCCCAAUAAGUGUACGUCAUGCUCGGAACAGUUCAUGCAUAAAAAAGAUUUAAGAAGUCAUGAAAUCAAAAUCCAUGGUGCACCCAAACCACAUGCAUGCUCUCUGUGCAGCAAAGCAUACCUGUCUAAAACAGAGCUGCGUCUGCAUGAGGCGUCCAAGCAUCGCGGCGAAAAGCUCUUUGUGUGUGAGGAGUGUGACCAUCGAGCCUCCAGCCGACACGGCCUGCAGAUGCAUAUCAAAGCAAUUCACAGAAACGAGCGUCCAUUUGUGUGUGAGUACUGCAACCGUGCGUUCACCCAGAAGGCUAACCUUAACAUGCACUUGCGGGUUCACACUGGAGAGAAGCCCCAUCAGUGCCACCUCUGUGGGAAGACCUUCCGGACACAAGCCAGUCUUGACAAGCACCACCGCACCCACACGGGAGAGCGUCCUUACAGCUGUGAGUUCUGUAACCAGCGCUUCACAGAGAAAGGACCAAUGCUCCGCCAUGUUGCCAGCAAGCACCAGGAGGACCGCCCUCACUGUUGCAAGAUAUGUGGCAAGACCUUCAAGGCCAUCGAGCAGCUCCACGUACAUGUGCGUCGCCAUCAGGGCAUGAGGAAGUUUGAGUGCGAAAAGUGUGGCUACAAGUUUACCAGACAGGCUCACUUACGGCGUCAUGUUCAGGUCCACACCCGUACAGAGAACUACAAUCCACGGGAGAGAAAGCUACGGAACCUGAUAGUGAAGGAUGUGGGGUUGCCGGAUGAGACUAGCCCCUCACAGAUACCACCCACUGAGAAGGAGACACCCGAGGGGCCAGCGCCUGUCUCUGGACCCAGUGUCCCAGUCUCUGUUCCUGUCUCUGGACCUAUACCUGGACCUGGAACUGUACUAGGAGCCAGUGACAUCCUCAGGGUGGUGAUCCAGCCCCUUACAGAGGAGGUGGUGUCCAGCCAAGGGCAGAUGGAGGUGGGCUUUAACCAGGACCAAGUGGGCUUUACCCAGAUUGGGGUGGCACAGGGACAUGGCCAGGUGGAUGUGAUGUCCAUCAGCCAGGGUUUGACUUUGGCGGGGCAUAGCUUCAAUGUGACAGAUGUGAUGGAGCAGACUCUCCUGGUUGCAGAUUACCCCAUCCCGGAGACCACGGUGGAACUGGAGGACAUACAGGAGGAUCCUCCUGCUAAGAGCAAGGCCUGAGGACUAAGAGCAAGGCCUGAGGACUAAGAGCAAGGCCUGAGGACUAAGAGCAAGGCCUGAGGACUAAGAGCAAGGCCUGAGGACUAAGAGCAAGGCCUGAGGACUAAGAGCAAGGCCUGAGGACUAAGAGCAAGGCCUGAGGACUAAGAGCAAGGCCUGAGUACAGGACAGACUGGUUAGUAUCUCACACCACUAGACAUUUUCAUUGGAGAACACUAGAGCAGCUUGAGUACUGCAAGUCUUCAAGAACUCCCAGUGUGGCUACUCGCUCUGCUCUGCAGUCGAAGCAUUCAUUUAAUUUCAGUCAUUAUUGUAACCAUGUUUUCUGUCUAAAUUACUGUACAGAAGAACUGGUUCCCACUCAGCCCAGUAGAUGAUGAACCCCUCAAGACAUUCCCCUACUCUGUGGACAUCAUAUUCAUUUUGCCUGUGCAUUGGGUCUGACAAUGUAAUAUAAGUUGGCUUAGGUUUUAUGAAGUUUGUUGUGUUUUUACACAAUUUGAUGAGAUAAGGCAAUAGGUCAGGUUGUGAGAAGUGAAUGUAAAUCAAUGGGAUUGUCUUGCAUCAAGUCAAACGGUAAACAGAAUAAAGUGGCAGUCCUGCCUGCAGUUUUAUUGUAA